AAUGUGGCUCAGAUAGCAGAUCAGUCUGGCAUCCUGGAGCUGAGCGGCCUCUCUGCUGACCUGGAUGUGCUGAAUGAGCUGAGCUGCAGCCUGACAGUGGGUGACGCUGCAGCACGCUACCUGCAACGCCUCAACCACCGCUGGGCCGAUACCGCCGCCAGAGCUGAGGAGGCCUGCAGUGAGCUGCAGACUGAGGCGCUGAGGCAGCAGAGCUUUGAACAGAAGUGUGAGAGCUGGAUGUCUUUCCUGCAGAGGAUGGAGGACAGUCUGGCUGUGGAUGUGGCCGGCUCUUACAUCGGCCUCAGACAGCAGCUCCGUAUACACAAGAGGUUUCAGGCAGAGCUGUCCACUGGUCACCAGAUCCUCCACUCGGUGAUCACUGAAGCUCUUCAUCUGCUGCAGAAAGGAGAGGUGGACGACAGGAGUGACUUUAUCCUGAAGUUGGCCCAGCUCAGAGAACACUGGCAAGGGGCGGUGCAGCGUGCCGACCAGCGGCGCUCCCUGGUGGAGGGGCUGGUGAAGCACUGGCACCUGUACACCCGCAGCCUGAGGAAGCUGCAGAAGUUCCUGUCGGACACACAUACCUUCCUUCCCCCCUCCGGACCAGCCCGCUGCAGCCUGCAGCAGCUCAGACGCUCCCUGCAAGACCUCCAGCACACAGAGCUGUUGUUCCAGAGGUAUCAGUGCAGUUUCAUCCACACUCUCGAGGUCGGCCGGCAGCUCUUCUCCAUGGGGGACGAGGAGACCCAGACUCAGCUACAGACAGACCUGGGAACCCUGCAGGAGGAGUGGGACAACCUCCACAGCCUGCUGGGCCGGAGGAUGGACCUCACCGAAGCCAUCGUCAAGAGUGAGGCAGUGAAAGUGCUGGACUGA